CGUUCACAGUUCGGUACAUUACCAAGAGAUACAUCGGAGACUACGCCCCAAAUACAGAAAUGAUGUACUCGCACCGACUUGUUGGUUCCAGAGAUGAAAUUACUUUGGAAAUUUUGGACACAGCUUUUGAGAUGCCAAAGGACACGCAGGAGAAGCACAUUCGCUGGGCUGAUGGGUUCGUCUUGAUAUACUCGGUCACCGACAGACUCAGUUACCAGACAGCCUGCAAGCUGAAGGAAAUCAUCUUUCAGUUCCGAGGCUCAGAAGUUCCCAUAGUUCUCGUGGCCAACAAACACGAUCUUCUCACCGCACGUGCUGUUACCGAGGAUGAGUGUGACAACCUGGCCGGAGAGAUGGACUGUCCCAGGUUUCAGAUCUCAGUGGCUGAAGGCCAAGAAGGUGUGAACGAGACCAUGGAGGAACUUCUGGUUCUCAUCAAACGCCAGCUGGUGAAGAGUUUGUCUGCCCCAGAACAUGUGGCGGGACUGGAGAAGAAGUCACGCCUGUUUAACAUGAAGAAAGCCCUCAAGAAAAGGAUUGUUCGAAGUCGAAGUGACACAUUCUGA